GCGCGAGCUCUAUACUAGCGGGAAUUUUGAGUAACCACGGCCACACCACCGGCAUACAGUACAUACGUACAAUACGGAUAUGCCUACACUGUCACUGCACGUACAUGUACAUGAAGACAAAAACCUGGCUGAAUUGAAGUAAACAAGAGAGUCUGAGUUGAGCUUCAACUUAAACUUAAGGUUAACACGUGAACUGAGGCUGGGGAGCUUGGACUUAGAGUAGCUAGCAGUAUAGUUCAGAAGAUCUAGACCUACCGUUUGGACUACAUCAUACAUCAUCAUUCGAUACGGAGCCUGUCGAGACUCGUACUACCGUAAUCAAUUGCCGGUUUGUUUAUUUACACGUAGGCAUAGCAUUAGCACGCCACUUGCACCGGUAAUGACUGUGCUAGCUUUGUGGUAGUAAACUAAAAGCAACAACAGACACUUGACCAUAUAAACAGACAGAGCAGAAGAUAACAUGCCUAAACGCAAUCAAGGAGUGAAGGAUAUCACAGCAUAUUUCCGUAGGUAUCGUGUAACAGAGAGAAGAGAACAGGAGAGACAGGCAGAUGAUGGCAGUGGCGAAGAUGAGGUCCAGGAUCCGGUCCACGAGGAGGACACCAUGGAAGAUUUCCUGGAGCUAGAAGAAGAUAUAGCAGUUGAGAACGGAGCUCCGUAUGCCAGGGCCAGAUCUGUCCCUUUAAGGGAGCGCAUCAUGAUACUAAAAAAAGGGGGUAAAGAGAUCAAAGUUAAGGGUAAGUUCCUGAUGGAUGGACCUUGGUGGGAUGCUUCCUUCAGAGCUGUUGAGGAAGGGGGCAUCUACAUCUGCCAGGGAACCCCCACUUACACUCUCCGAUACAAGCAGGGGCAGAAAGGGAAGAGUCUCCUCCAGCUGCUUCUCUCCUAUGUGUUCAACUUUCCAAGACCAGGGAGCGCAGACGACCAGAUGAAGCGAGCCUUCUGGGACUACUUCGAGAAGUGGCAUCGUAUCAAGGGGCAUACAGACUUCACCUUUUGUCAGUUCUUCAAGGCGUUGGAAGAUGCUCUCAAGAAGGAGACAAAACCCGAAGACACAGUGGCGAUACCGAUGAUGCAGGUUGCUAAGGUAAUCAUGCAGCGGUUUGAUCCAUCUAACAGAUGCUUCAGACAUGUACCAAGCCAUGGAGAUGAAGAGGAAAAGAAGCCAAAAUUUGAUCUGAGGUACGUCUACAGAUGUUUCAAGUGUCCGCUACUCUUCAAAGGGCUCCCUCUGUUGAUGGAGAGAGAAGCAUUCUCUAUCCUGUCUACAGAGAAAUUGAGAAACCUGGAACGGCUGGAGUCUGUGCUGGAAGAUUCCCCAGAAGACCUGGGAUUUUAUACGUCCAUGAGAGAGCACAACUGGGGUACCAUCGAGGUUUCAUUCCAAGGCUUUGUGAAUGCUGGUAUGAUACCGCCCGACAUCUUCAAAUGUACGACCAACCAAGCUUCUGCUCCACACCCCUCGUCCAAGUCCUCGGGCAAGCAGAACUCUACUCUUGACCGACCCUCCACAUCCACUGCCAACCAAGACACCGUCGGACCUUCAACAUCCAAACCAAAAACGAAGCAAAACAAAAAACUAAAAAAACUCUCAGUCGAGAUGGCAAAGGUGGUGAAACUCUACGACAUCGUAAAGUCUAGGUGUAAGGAAGGCAAACACACGUUCUUGUUCAAGCGUCAAAUGGAGACGGCUUGGCGCAGAGAUGCCUGCGAGAAUGUUCCUUUUGGCCACAUCAGGGAGGAACCCUUUGUGGAACUUCAGGAGAGGGAAGUGGUGAAGAUAGAAGAAAAAACUUCCCAAUUGGACGUAAAGUUCCACUGGAGCAAGUAUCGCCGAUACGAGAAGAGUAUCGCACGAUCAAUGGAAAGACUGCUCGCCAAACAUGAGGCAAAGCCAUGGACCCUGCCUGUUGAAGAUUUCUUGGAGUUCAACUUUGACUCCUACCAACAGGAGGCAGCACUCCAUGUUUGUAAGAACGCCUUGACGGUUAUCCUAGGAAGGGGUGGGUGUGGCAAGACUCACGUUGUAGCCUCAAUCAUCAGAAAGUACCUAGACCAUCUUGAGGAGAAUAGGAGGCUUACAAAAAUAAAAGGUUUGAUGAUUUCUUUUAUUUGAAUCAAUUUUGAUUUCUAUUUCAUUUAUUACUUAUUG